AUGGCGCAUUCUGGACAGUCAGCCUACAUCGGCCACUCCUCGUCGAAGGCGUCACACAAGUACUCAUCCAAGGAAUCUCGCAAAGAGACUACCCAACGACGGACUUCCAUGUACCAAAACCAACCAGCGUCUGACGAGCCGAGCGCAUACGGCGCCACGUUCCGCAGCGGCGAUAUCGCCGCCAGUAAGGCGUGCCACCAGGCCAGAGCCGCGGAUAAUAUCUCAAAGAUCAUGGGCCAAUUCGGCGGGAAUUAG